AUGGAGAGUUUCCGCGACCUCGUGGAGUCGAUGGAGAGCGACUUCCAGCGCGAGGAGAAGGCGCCCGCUACACGCCCUAAAGUGGAGCCUUCUGUGGAGGAGACUGUGGACGCUGACCCGCCAGCGAGUGGAGUGUCCUUCGGCCGCGAGGCGCCCGGGGCGGCGACGGAGGAUGGCGGCCGGAAGAGGGCGACGCUCGCCCUGCGCAGCGACCUGGAGAGGGCCCGCUGGGCCCGCUGGGAGGGGGGGGUAGGAGGAGGAGCCUUUGGAGCAAGAGAAGCAAGAAGAGGAAAGCGAAGAGAAGCGGUAAAGCGAGAGCAGGAACCGCCGACGUGGCUGGAGGCGACGCAGCCUGGCUUUGUGUACGAGGCGCUGGCUCUCGCCUCCGCGGGGAGCGAGCGAGGACCCAAGCGGGAACGGGGGGCGCCAGAGGGAGGCAGAUCCGCGCCAGAGGCCCAUCGAGGGAGGAGGCAGGCGGAGGGGCAGGCGGAGGGGCACGUGCGAUUCGGGGCAGGCCGGCCCUCCCGCGCCGCGCCGCCACCUGGGCAUCCCGACGCCCCGCACUCCACACCAGGUUUGCUUGGCGGUCAGAUGCUCUCGGGCAUCCGGAGGGCGAGUCAGAGCACCUCAAGGGACAUCCCCGAGGGCGUCUCGGCAGGGAACGCCGUCGGCCACGACGGAGGACUUCCUGAGACCACACUCACAUUCAGGUGUCAUCAGUGCCAGGCCAGUGCCCGGGACGCAGGCUCGCUCGCCCGCCACUGCCGCCGCCACAACCCGACGCGCCCCUUCGGCUGCGGGCUGUGUCCCUCGAGGUUCAACCAGCUGGUGCACCUCCAGAUACACCAGCGGACUCACACCGGCGAGAAGCCCUUCUGCUGCGACGUUUGCGGCGCCAGAUUCAGUCGGAAGGACAGGCUAAGGUCACACCAGCGAACCCACACGGGCGAGAAGCCCUACACAUGCCCCUACUGCGACGCCUGCUUCCGCGACACCGCCAGCCUGAAGGCGCACCUGAGAACCCACGCAGGCGAGAAGCCCUACGCGUGCCGCCUGUGCAAAGCUUCCUUUGUCAACCUCACAACAUUCACGAGCCACUGGAGGAUGCACAGCGCCGGCGACACGCAGUGAGAGGAUUAAUCUGAACUGUCUUUAGUUUGUUUAACGCCUCAGCCGGCUGUGGGUUGUGGAGCAGAGCUCAAAACUGAUGCUACGAGCACUGGAUCUCGUUUACGAACUUUAGCGGUGCAUGUUAAAAUUUAACUUCAAAUGAUUGUGUUGUGUCAUUAAGUCUGGCAGCGACUUUAAUGUCUGCCUCAGUUCUGUUCUCAGAGCAGCUUGUUUCAACAUGCUCAAUUUUAUUUAUUGAAUAUUUUUGGCUGCGCAACAUCUCAGGUCAUUAGCGGGGUAAGUUUUCUGGUUUAUGGAUUUCCAGAAUGGUCACUGGUCAAAACAAACAACUGCACCAGGCAUCAAAAGUUACAAGGCAUUGUGGUAAAGUAUUGUAGGGAAAAAGGUAAAUAUGAGUUAACCAUUUGGAACAGAACAGGAGAUGAAGAAAAGGAAAAGGAAAGAAGAAAAUACCCUGCGAAAUGAGUUGAGGCGCGGGCUGAGGGCCAGGGCAGGGGUGAUCUCCACCUGGGCCUCCUCUCCGCCUCGUGAGCCCCGGCAGCACCGAGCAAGGGAGUGAGGGCCAACAUGCUCAGUCCGCGAUGGGAAGCUACGGCUCUAACCCCGACCUUAACCAAGACUUUAAUAAAAGCUAGAUAAAGAUGUAGAUAAGAGAAAUAUAGAUUUUGAUCGAUAAAUGAUAUAUAGAUGUACAGCCAUAUAGAUGGAUAGCGGGAGAUAGACAUUUUAUUUAUUGAAAAGAAAUCUGCCGCAUCAACACCUAAGGUCAUUAGCGGGUAUUCAACGACAGGGUGAUACUUGGAGGCAAAGCCCCCGAAUAAGGACGUUUUUUGGUUCAAAAGGCGAUGUUUGUUAAUUCCUAGGGUGGUUAAUGGUUAAAACAAAUAAAUGUGCUCGACAAAGGUCAUACAACAUUAGGAUAAAGUAUUGCGGCGAAGAUGGUAAAAUGAGUGAACGAUUAGGAUAAGUGGACAAAAGGAGAUGAAGAGAAAGAAAAGGAAAGGGGGAGAAACAAAAGGCCAAUGGUUAAUGGUUAAUGGUUAAAAACAAGAUAAAUGUGCUAGACAUCUAAGGUCAUGUAGCACUAUAG